AUGGCCAACGAAAAGCCCAAGGAAGGGGUCAAGACUGAGAACAACGAUAAUAUUAAUUUGAAGGCGGCAGGGCAGGAUAAUUCUGUGGUGCAGUUUAAGAUUAAGAGGCAUAUACCUCUUAAUAAACUAAUGAAAGCCUAUUGGGAAGGACAGGAACUGGAGGAUGAAGAUACAACCAACGCGCUCCAGCAGCGGACGGGAGGCGUCUCCUAA